AUGGCCGCGAGGUCUCUUGGCUUGUCCGCGCCGUCACAAUUGGGGCAGCGUGCCGGCUGCGAAACUGGAGAAGGCGGAAACGAGGGAGAGACGAGAGGGCGAGGGCGAGGGCGAGGAGCAAGAGUGAGGGUCCAGCAGCAAGCAGCAAACAGUACCACGGUCCACGCAGCACCAGAACAGCACCAGCACCAGCACCAGCAGCGCAGCACCAGUUGCACAGGGCCCACUGAAAAUUAUGGAGAGGCAGGCAGAGAGAGAAACUCGAGCCCCAGACGGGGGCUGGUUGACCUGGAUGACCGCUCUCAGAAGGGCAAAGCAUGCACUGGGAGUCUGGCUGGCAGGGCACAUGACAAAAUGGGCGGGAGUACGAGUAGCAGCUCUCUCAAGCGGUGGCCUCGAAUCGACGAGGUGCAAAAUGCACGAUAUACGACAGGGCCAGGGCUGCAGGGCUGCGCAGACAAGGCAUGGAAGAGCCCGUCAGGACAGUAA